CAACAAGAAAAAAUGGCUAGGUCUGGGAUUGAUGAGACAUCAGAAUCUGGAGCUUUUGUAAGAACAGCAUCAACAUUCCGCAACUUUGUUUCAAAAGAUCCUGGUUCUCAGUUUCCAGCUGAAUCAGGAAGAUACCAUCUUUACAUAUCCUAUGCUUGUCCCUGGGCUUGUAGAUGUCUCUCUUACUUGAAGAUCAAAGGCCUUGACGAAGCAAUCAGCUUCUCGUCGGUUCACACAAUUUGGGGAAGAACCAAGGAAACAGAUGAUCAUAAAGGAUGGGUUUUUCCAGAUUCAGAUACUGAGCUCCCUGGAGCUGAGCCUGAUUAUCUUAAUGGUGCAAAGUCUGUGAGAGAUCUCUAUGAGAUUGCUAGCCCAAACUAUGCAGGAAAGUACACUGUUCCUAUUCUUUGGGAUAAGAAGCUUAUGACUGUAGUUAACAAUGAGAGUUCAGAUAUAAUCCGGAUGUUCAACACCGAGUUCAACGGUAUUGCGAAAAGCCCAUCACUCGACCUUUAUCCUUCUCAUCUCAGAGACGCAAUCGACGAGACUAACGAAUGGGUUUUCGACGGGAUAAACAACGGUGUUUAUAGAUGUGGGUUUGCUAGGAAACAAGAACCUUACAAUGAGGCAGUGAAUCAGUUGUAUGAAGCUGUUGAUAGAUGUGAGGCAAUACUCGGGAAACAAAGAUACAUCUGCGGAAACACUUUCACUGAAGCAGAUGUUCGAUUGUUUGUCACUCUCAUAAGAUUUGAUGAGGUUUAUGCGGUUCACUUCAAAUGCAACAAGAGACUCUUAAGGGAGUAUCCGAAUAUCUUCAACUACAUGAAAGAUAUAUACCAAAUCAAUGGAAUGAGUAGCACUGUGAAAAUGGAACACAUUAAGCAGCAUUACUACGGAAGCCACCCUACUAUAAAUCCUUUCGGGAUCAUCCCUCACGGGCCGAACAUCGAUUACUCUUCACCUCACGACCGUGACAGAUUCUCCUCGUAA